GCCAUUGAUGUUGAAUAAGGAAGUACAGAGCUCACGGCAUCUCCUGUGUAAUUGUUACAAUGGAGAGAGAUACUGCUGCAAUCACUUUAAUUAAAGCUCUUGGGUAUAAAAGCAGAGAGUGCUUGAAGGAAUGUAAAUGUGAUGAGUUACCUUGCCCGCUGCUCACCUGGCUGAUCUCAGAACUAAGAGCAGGUUGUCCUGAUAUUCCAGCACGGCAUGUUGGUGGUGCAGUUCUGGUCGGGGAGUUGAGGGAAGUGCUGAAGGAGAUGUCCUGUCCUCAAAAUGCACUUACAUCAGAGCACCUUAGCCCACUUCUGUUGUUCAGAGUGACCGAGUAUUUGGUGUCAGAGUUGGCGGCGACACGCGUGCUGAUGUACAGAGAGAGUCAUCCAGAAGAUACAGAAGAGAGUUCUGAGUCAAAGGGCAAAGAGCAGAGAAAAUGGGAAAGUCUUAAUAUGGCCAAUAAAGAUGAGCAACAGGAAAUCAGUCCAGCACGAGAGGAUAAAACUAAUUUGAAAGAAGUAAAUAAAGAUCUAGCAGAACUCUUUCAGACUCUUGGCUUAGAAACAUCCUCUCAGAUAAGUGAUGCCUGUGCAGAGGUGGAGUCACGGCUGACAUCACUUCCAGAAGGUGAAGUGCCAGAAGCAUUAUUGAAGUCCAGUCUGAACUCUGAGCAAUGGAAAAAGAUUAAUGAAAUCAACAGAGCUCUCUGUAAGGAUUAUGAAUGUCGGCGCCAAAUGAUGAUCAAGCGUUUCCAUGUCACACUACAAUCCUUUACUUGGGGAGAGAGGGCAAAGGAACGCAGUGCUUUGCUUUCUUCCAUGUCACCCUGUACACCUUCUCUUGAGUCCUCCGUCUCCAUUGCUAAGCUGUUGGCUAUAAGGGAGGACGAGUCUCGCAUUAGGCCAGUUAAAGCAGGGCCUUCAACAGCAGUUCACAAGGUACUGAUGGGCAGCGUGCCGGACAGAGGGGGACGUCCAGGAGAGAUCGAGCCACCGAUGCCCAGCUUCACCAGACGCAGUGAGGGAGGAGGUGGUCAUCAUUAUAAAAGGAAAAGACAAGAAUAUUCAGGAAAGAAGAAUAAAAACAAACAGAAUUAGAAGGGUUUUUAGUGCUAGUUUCGUAACUAACACAACACAACAAAAGAGAUUUAUGUUAAAAGGAGGCCAUAUUUCCCAUUAAAAUGAGACAUAAAUGAUCAUGGACUAUUUAAAAAAAAAAAUUUAAUUCUUAUUUAAUGUUGCAAAUUACUUAAUGCACUAUUUCAUUUGAUGAGCAAAAAUGUGAUAAAAUCAUUUCAGUGAAAUGUAUAAAUAUGAAUGGCUACAAGCUGUAUUUACUUUGAACAACCAAGAUCUAUGAUGAAAUUAUUAAAGUCAAUUAUGUUUCCUUUGAAACAGUAUUUUCUCUUUUAACUCUCUUCUCCUUAUUACAUUUCCCAUUUAAUGUUUUUUUUUUUUACAUGUGCAUUUUCAAGUAGUUG